AUGAAGUACUCGUGGGUGUUGGCUUCUGUGGCUGCCCUCGCCUCCACGGCGAGCGGCCAAGUGGCGGCGACCAGCCAAUCUUGCCCCUCAGGCACAUGCCGUUGCAUGCCUACUGACAGCUGCUGGCCCUCUGCUUCCGCCUGGGCUUCUCUCAACUCGACCGUCGGUGGUCGAUUGAUCGCGACUGUGCCUAUUGGAUCUCCCUGCCAUGAUCCUACCUACGAUGCCUCUGCUUGUGCUGCUUUGCAGAAUGCUUGGAACCUUCCCCAGACUCACAUUGCAUCAUCUUCUUCCAUCAUGCAGACCUUCUUUGCCAACAACAGCUGUGACCCCUUCUCUGCAGAGUCCCAACCUUGUCUCAUGGGCAACUACGUCAACUAUGCUGUCAAUGUUUCCUCUGCCAACGAUGUGAUUGCUGCCGUCAACUUUGCCACUAGGAACAACAUUCGCUUCGUUAUCCGCAAUACUGGUCAUGACUACUUUGCUCGCUCCACCGGUGCUGGUGCUCUUUCUGUCUGGAUGCACAACUUCAACUCCAUCCAGUACAAGCGCUGGGCUGACACUCACUACACCGGUCCCGCUUUCAAGGUUGGCGCUGGUAUCAUGGGCUACCAGAUCAUGGAUGCUGCUCACAAACAAGGUCUUGUCGUUGUCGGCGGUGAAUGUCCCACUGUCGGUCUCGCUGGAGGUUAUAUCCAGGGUGGUGGUCACUCCGCUCUCAGUACCAGUUUCGGUUUGGGAGCCGACAACGCUUUGGAGUUCCAGGUUGUCACUGCCAAUGGAAAGCUCCUCACUGCCAACCGCUAUAACAACUCUGACCUCUUCUGGGCCAUCAGCGGUGGUGGUGCCGGUAACUAUGGUGUAGUCGUCUAUGCCACCAUCAAGGCCCACGCUGACGCCACUGUCAGUGGUGCUGGUCUCCAAUUCUUGUCCAGCAGUACCACUCCAGACAUCUUCUACGAGGCUGUAUCCCAGUUCCACUCUCUGUUGCCUGCCAUGAUUGACAGCGGUGCCACUGUCAUCUAUGAGAUUGCCUCGUCCUUCUUCGCCCUCAACCCCGUCACUGCAUACAACAAGACCACCGCCGAUGUCCAGGCCCUCUUGACUCCUUUCCUUAACGUCCUUGAUGGCCUUAACAUCACCUAUGGUGUUGCUUACACCCAGUAUAGCUCCUACUACGACCACUACAACAAGUACAUGGGUCCUCUGCCCUACGGCAACCUCGGCGUCGGCGAGUAUCAAUACGGUGGCCGUCUCAUCCCCCGUGCCACUCUCGACAGCAACCCAGCUAGUAUUGCUGCCGCCAUUCGCAACAUCACCCAAAACGGCGUCAUUGCCGUCGGCGUCGGUCUUGAUGUCUCCAACCCCGGUGAUGUCUACAACGCCAUCUUCCCCCCCUUGCGUAACGCCGCCGUUACUAUGCAAAUCGGUACCCCCUGGAAGGAGACUGCCACCUGGGCCGCCAUGAUCGCUGAUCAGGACCGCCUUACCAAUGAGUUUGUGCCUCAACUUGAGGCUGUUACUCCUGGCAGUGGAUGCUACCAGAACGAGGCCAACUUCCGUCAGCCAGACUGGCAAAACACUUUCUUCGGUAGCAACUACAAUACCUUGUUGAAGAUUAAGCAGAAGUAUGACCCUAAUUACUUCUUCUAUGCUCUCAAGGCUGUUGGUAGUGACCACUGGACCGUUGAUAACUCGGGUCGUAUGUGCGUCGCAUAA